CAUCAAAUUGGCAGCACUGUCAUUGUUGUGUUCUGCAAGACGUAUUUGUGUUUCGUAUUUUGUCUUCCCACCGAGCUCUUUGCUCCAAACAGCUGAUUGGCGGGGCACAGUGAAUAUGUAAUAGUUGCCCCAAAACAACAAUUGAAGUAAACCUUAAGCUAUGCUACAACUAAGUCGAAAUACCGCUAAAGCUGCACUGCAGCGUUGGCGGCCACAUAAACUAGUCUCAACGUGGUCACCUCUGGCCACCGCCUUCAAUGUGCCGCCAGCAAAGCGUAUGAAUUUCACACGCGACGAUGUGGGGCUAUUUCGCAUGCCGGAGUUGCGCAACGCAGAAGGGUUCUAUCUGCUGCGUGAGAAUGUGGAGCACUCCACGCAGGAGCUGAUUGGCGAAGCCACCUCCAGCCAGCGCAAUCGCAAAAUGGUCGACAUCUUCGAUGAGCUCUCCGAUUCGCUGUGCAAGGUUGCCGACCUGGCCGAGUUCGUACGCAUCGCGCAUCCCAAGAACAAGUAUAUGCAGGCAGCGGAACAGGCCUGCAUCAGCAUUUGUGGCGUCGUCGAAAGCCUCAAUACGCACAAGCCGCUGUAUCAGGCACUCAGCCAGGUGGUGCAGCAGGGUGAUUUCCUGCCUACCACAGAGGUGGAUCAGCAUGUGGCCAAACUGUUCCUAUUCGACUUUGAGCAGUGCGGCAUUCAUUUGCCCGAGGCGGAGCGGUUGCGCGUCGUCCGGCUCAACGACUACAUCCUACAGCUGGGUCAGAAGUUCAUGAAUGGCGCCGUGCAGCCCACGGUCCUCUCGCGCCACUGUGUGCCGGAUGACAUACGACAGUACUUUCCCAGUGCUGGCGAGAACAUUGUGAUAACUGGACUCUGCACCAAUGCCUCCAAUGUGCAGAUGCGUGAGGCGGCGUAUCGUUUGUAUCUGCAGCCCUCCGAUAGCCAGGAGGAGCUGCUCAAAGAUCUGCUGAUGUGUCGCUACGAACUGGCGCGCAGCUGUGGCUUCGAGACCUAUGCACAUCGGGCACUCAACGGCAGCACCAUGGAGCGACCCGAAAUCGUCUCCGAAUUCAUUGAUGAGCUGUCGGAGCAACUGCGUCCGCGUGCCGAUGCCGACUUCUCGCUAAUGUCUCAAAUGAAGCGCAAGGAAAGCGGUUUGAAUAAUGCUCUGGUGGAGAUCUGGGAUACUCCAUACUUUACCACACAGUUGAAGCGACAAUCGCUCGAGGAGCAGGCCAAUGAGUUUCUGCCCUAUUUCUCAUUGGGUGGCUGCAUGGAGGGAUUGGACAAUCUGCUUCACUCGCUAUACGGCGUUCGUCUGCAAAACACCGAAAUGGAGCCGGGCGAAAGCUGGCACAGUGACAUCUACAAGCUGGCCGUGGUCCACGAGCAGGAGGGUCUGUUGGGCUACAUCUACUGUGACUUUUUCGAGCGCAGCGGCAAACCCAAUCAGGAUUGCCACUUUACCAUACAGGGCGGCAAGCGGCUGGCCGACGGCACCUAUCAACUGCCCAUUGUGGUCGUGAUGCUGGGUUUAGCCCAGCCACGCUGGACGGGUCCCACACUUCUGUCGCCCGCCCGCCUCGACAAUCUGUUCCAUGAGAUGGGCCAUGCAAUGCACUCGAUGCUGGCCCGCACCGAAUAUCAGCAUGUGACUGGCACACGCUGUGCCACGGAUUUCGCAGAGGUGCCCAGCGUGCUCAUGGAAUACUUUGCGAGUGAUCCGCGCGUGCUGCGCACCUUCGCGCGCCACUUCCAGACGCACAAGCCCAUCUCGGAGGAUAUGCUGCAGCGCCUGUGCGCCUCCAAGCAUUUGUUUGCCGCCAGCGAGACCCAGCUGCAGGUCUUCUACUCGGCCCUGGAUCAGGUCUAUCACAGCGAUGCGGCGCAACAGGGCGCCAGUACGACGGAAACUUUGCGCGACGUCCAGAAUCGAUACUACGGAUUGCCGUAUGUAGAGAAUACGGCGUGGCAGCUGCGCUUCUCCCAUUUGGUUGGCUACGGCGCCAAGUACUACGCAUAUCUGGUAUCGAAGACAAUCGCCUCGUGGAUCUGGCAGACGUACUUCGAGGCUAAUCCCUUCAACCGCCAAGCGGGCGAGAAGUAUCGAGCCGAGAUCUUGGCGCACGGAGGCGCUGUUCCAAGUCGCAAACUGGUCGCGAAUUUUCUGCAGCGCGAAUUGACGCCGAGAAUACUGGCAGACAGCCUUAUACACGAGAUUGACAUGGACGAGUCGAAGAUCAAGGAGCUGAUCAUUAGCAGAAACUAGGCUUUUUCUUUUUUUUUUUGGCCACAAAACGCUUGUAAAUAAUGGUUUGUUUUUAAUUAUAAUUAGUUAACUGCUCCA